AUGAAUUAAAAAACAUAAACUUUAAUAGCUAAUUCUUUGGGAACCUAAAAUGAAAACAUAUUGAGUUCAUCCUACCAAAAAAGUUUAUAAAAAACACAAACCCCUCCUAAAAGCAAAAGAACCCUUGCUAGAAUGGAUUCGCGCUAGGAAAAUGACAGUUCGAACUACUAAGAGGUAUUUGAAUUAUAAAAUAAUAUGAAUUCGCGCUUAUACAGAAAUUUGGCUAACUAAGCAGAAAUAAAAAAAUAUACUGACAGAAAUAAAAUAUAUCAAAUAACUGAUGAAGAAAUCAUUUCAAAAAAAAUAAAUGAUGAGCAAGGAAUUAUCAAAAAAGAGUUUAUGAUGAAGUAGCAAGAAUAUAAAUUUAAAAAAGAUAAGUAUGAAGAUCCUGAAUUUAAAGCUAGCGAUUAACCCUUAGGGUACAAAGGGAACUCAAACAAUUUUUAAUGGAUGAGAUUGCAUCAAUUAACUUAAAAGAAAGACCUAUUCCCUACUGAGCCCUACAUUUUUAAGGAUGAAUUAAACUCUAACCAUCCAGAGUUAGAUAAUUUAUUUUAAUUGUAUAAUGUAAUAAGUAGGGCUUCGCACCUUGCAAAAAGACUAUUUGAACAUUAAAAAGUAAAUAAUUUAGGAAUAUACGGAGUAUGGAUUUUUAAAAAUGGAAAGUGGAAGUGCAUAAUUUUAGAUGAUUAUGUAUUAGUUAAGAUUGAUGAAAACACACCUUGUUUAUAUUACCCUUCUAAAUCUGUCAUAAAAGAAAACCUUUGGCUCCUCAUCCUCGAGAAGGCUCUUGCAAAAGCUUACGAAGGAUACUAAAAUUUGAAAAUAAAUGAAUUAUAUAAUUAUUUAGUUGAAUUUACUGGCUCGCCUUACCUAUUAAUAAGAAAGAAGCAUAAAAAUGCAAUUUAGUUUUAGAAUAACUAAGAACAAAUUGAAAGAGAAGAAAAAGACUUUCUUUGGUAAAAAAUAUGCAGUGGAGUAAAAAAGAAUUAUAUAAUUCAGGCACAGUGUCUUGAAACAUACAGGGGAAUUUAAAAAGGAAAUGUUUAUUUUGUUGAGUUCUUUUAUGAAUUUAAACAAUAAUUAGAAGUGAAUAAAAAGAUACUACAAAUGAAGAACUAUAGGAUAAAUUAGAAAGUCUUAGAUAGCUAACUUAAUUUAACUCCUCAGGAAAUGGAAAUUCUGAAUAAAAAUAAAGAAGAUGGUGUUUUUUUUAUUUCUUUUGAUGAGUUUUACUAAAAUUUUGAUAGCUUUGCUAUACAAAGAGUAGAACUUAGAGAUUCUCAUAAUUCAGUUAAAAUAAAAUAAGAAAAUGAUCAAGAUAUAAGUUUUUUCACUAUAAAGUUAAAUAAUUUUGAAGAUACUUCGGGAUACAUUUCAAUUUGCUAGAAAGAUGUUUAAUAUUUUUAGAACCAAGGAUAUAGUUACUCUCAGUUUUCUCUUAUUUUAGCUGAAGUAAAACCAAAUGGAGAAAUUUAAUACUAUUCUUAAACCUUCUCUAACGAUAAAAUGAUUCACUUACCAUAUAACUGGAAAGAGGGAAUAUACAUCAUCCAUGUAGAAGUGAGAUGGAGUUAGAAAAUUUAUAAAAAAUUUACAAUAAGUGUGAGUAGCAAUUAAGAUGUAGGACUUUAAAAGUAUAAUUAUGUUCAACAAUAACUCAAUGGAGAGUUGAUUUUGAGCUUAAUUGCUAAAAGUUAUAUAGAAAAAAUGGGAAAUGAAAUAAAAUCUGAUUCUUACAUGCCAAAAACAAAAAAGGGUUAAUUAGGAAUAUUUUACAUUUAUUAUUUUAAAAAUAUUUCUCCUGAUUUCUGUUCCGUAAAAGCUUAACUAGAGAGCAAAGAGAAUCAGGAAUUCAUUGAUCUUACUAUUGUUGAUAAAAAUAAAAUAGCAUUUUGGUUAUUUCCUAAUGAAGAAUUGAUCCUCUUAUUACGUAUAAUAUCCUCUUAAAAUAAAAGCAGCACUAAAUUUACAUUUUAAACUACUAACACAAGUGUUCCAUAAAAUGAACCUUCCUUCAAAAAAACAUUAUAAAAUUAGCUAAAAUAAAUAAAUAUAUAUGAAGAAUUUGCUUCCUUGUCAGACAGAAAAUAAAAUCUACUAAUUGAUUAUUUUUAAUAACCAGCAACUAUGGAAGAAAGUGAAAAAUCUAUAGAAGAAGAGGAAGAAUAUAAAAUAAGCCUCAUACUUAUUUUAAGGCAUAAUAAUAUUAUGAGUUAAACUAAAAAAGACUAGUUCAACAACGGUGAUGCAAGUUUCAAUAAUGAAUCAUAGGAUUAAUUGGUGAAACUGUAAAAGGUAUAAGAAUAUCUAUCACCACAACUUAGUUAAAAUAGGGAUAUCAUUAACAAAUGUUUAGAAGAGAACACUCAAAAAAAAUAAGUCAAGCAGCCUUCAGGAUGGAAUGAGUCAACCAGCAGAAGCGAUUUAUAAUAUACUAUUACAUCUAGUAAGAAUUUUAAUAAAGGUUCUGAAAUGGCUUAAAUUCCUAAACAGUUUGAUGAAUUAGAAAGCCACAACUUAAAUAGUGAUUAAAUAGAAAAUUAAGGCUAAAAACAAUUUCUAGGUAACUCAAGUGAGGGAAAUGAAUAAACUUAGAAUAUGACUAUUGAAGCACUGACAACUUGUAUUUAUAGUAGCAUCACUAAAAAUAAAAUAUAAGAAAUGAAAAUUUAAGAAUUAGAAAAUAUAAUAAGUCACUUACAUUAGCAGAUAAAUGGAUAAUCAACUAAUUUUGCUAAUAGCAUUAAAUUAGUUGGAAGUUCUCCAAACACUGCUACUUACUAAGCAAACUUCUUUGAAAACCAAUUAAGUACACCUACUUAAGGAUUGCAUAAUAAUCGCAUGACAACAUCUUAAUGGUAAUAAAAUAUGUAUAAUUCUAAUGCUAGAAAAUCUCCUUGCUAAAGACAUUAAUCAAAAUCAAAAAGUCCUGAUAUAAGAUAAGGCUUAAGCAAGUAAAAUAACAAUAUUUAAGUUAACAAUUAUGGAACUAAUGAAUAAGUUGAUUAAAAGAACGCUUAUCGAUCCAAAUCAGGUGAAAUUUAUAAAGAUUAAAUUGAAGCUAGCAAUAAAUACUAAUCAUAACAUAGAGACCAAAUUAAUUAAUAAAAUGAGUAAAAUUAUUAUAUUCCAAGUUCAAGUUGUGCAGUGAUUGGAAAUAAAAAUGAGUAGACUCUAUCUCCAAGUCCAAUAAAGAGUAAAAGCCAAAUUAAUUUUUAAGGAGGAGAUAGCCUUCAUAAUAGCAAUAAUAUUGUGUAAAUAGAAUACCUCUCAAAAGUUAAAUUUUUAGAAGAAGCUAUUGAGUAUAAAAACAAAGAAAUAGAAAGAUUAAUGGUUUUGACAGCUGCCAGCAGAAGGAAUAAUAUUCAUAGCUUGCAUAAUAGUAAAUCUCCUGAAAGAAAAGCAAAUCAAUAAAAUUUGAACUAAUCUAUCGAAAGUAGUUAAGAAGAUGAAUUAAGAAAUAGCUAAAUUAAAUUGCAUGGUGUAAUUUAAGAUUUGGAGAAGAGAAACAAUGAAUUAGAAAAUGAGUUAUUUAAUUUAAAGUGUCUUGUCGAAGAGAAGGAUAGAGAUAUUUUGAAAAUCAGUUAAUAAAUUGAUAAUCUCAAAACAUGUGCAGAUAAUUAAAUUAAUUUUAUAUAAAUAAACGAAGAUCUGGAAUAUAGAAUCAAGGAAAAAGAAAUCAACGAAUAGAAUUUACUUGUAUAAUUGGAGUAAUAAAGCUUAAUGAUUAAAAAUAUGGAGAUAGAUUAAAUAAAAAAGCUUGAAGAAUACAAAGACCUUAUUUAGUAGAUCUAGCUUUAAAAUUCUUAAGAAAUAUCCAAUCUAGAAAGAGAGAAAUAAGACAUGCAGCUUAUUAUUAAUAAAUUAGAAAGUUUUGUACAAUCAGACUCAGCUCAAAAUUUUAAUGAAAACGAGAAAAAGAAAAGAAGUUCUACAAAGGGAGAUUAUGAUUCAUAACAUUAUCAACAACAAAUAAAUGAUAAGGAUAAAGAAAUAGAAAGCCUAAAUGAAAAAAUAGCUCUUUAGACAUAAUUAAUAGCAAAGCAAAGACAAGCUGUCGAAACUUUAAAAAAAGAAAUAAUAGACUUGCAAAAGGAGCAUGAAAAUAGAAUUAAAUAACUUUUGUAACAGAGCUCAAAUUAUGUUUAAGAAAAAGCCAUAUUACAUGAAUAGAUAAGAAAAUUAACUAUUGAAAAAGAAGAACAAAUUAUAGCCUCUCAAAAUCUAAUUGAAGAUCAACAAAAUUAAUUGUUAGAUAUAGCAAAAGAAAGAGAGGACAUUCAAAAAGCUAAGGAUGAAAUUUCUCAAUUUAAGAGACUGCUAAACGAUGAUAGAAUAGCACUUGAACAACAAAUGAACUAAGUUAAAAUAUCAUAAGAUAUGCUACAAAGAGAGAGAGAACAAUUCGAACUAGAAUUGUAAGAGCUUAAAGUAAAUAGAAGUAGUUUAGAUAGAGACAGAUAAAUUUUUGAAAGAGACAGGUCAGAUUUUGAAAAUGAAAUAGAUCACUUCAAUAUACAAAGAAACGAAUUCAUUUAGUAGCAAAACUAAAUUGAAGACUACCAACAAAUUAUUCUCUAAAAAGAAGAAACAAUCUCUUAUAUGAAAUAAUAGCAAGCUGAAAAUAAAUAAGCUCAUGAAUAAUUAAAGAUUCAAAUUUAAGCAUAAAUCAAGUCUUAUGAAGAUGCUAUUAAUACUUUAUAGUAAGAAAAUCAGUAACUAAUGGCAGAUAGAGACUAAAUCAUCUAAGAGAGAAAUGAAGAUUACAGAGAGAGUGCUGAAAUACUUGAUCUAAAAAAAUAAAUUAUGUAUGAAGGCUUAGCUAAGCAAGAGCUGUAACACAAACUUGCAGAGUUAUUGAAAAAGAAAGAGGUAAAUGAAGAUCUUAAUAAGGAGAACUAAGAACUGAAGCAAACUUUAGAGCUGUUAAAAUAAAAAAUAAAAGGUAUGUAAAAUAUAGAUGAUGAUAUUAAAGAAUAUAUAAAUACAAUGUGUAAAGAAAAAAACAAUCUUUAAGACCGCCAUGUCGCACAUUUAGAAGAGAUUAAAAACCUUAAAUUACAGUUAAAAAGCAUAGCAUUAGAGAACAAAAGUUUAAAUUUAAGUUUAACAAAUUUAAAAGAAGAGAUAAAACUUCACAAAAAUCAAUAAACUGAUAUGAUGUUGGACGAAAAGAACAAGAAAUCAUUUUUGAGAGUAUAACUAUAGAAAAAAUUAAAUGUACUGAAUGCAUAACUAGAGACAUACAUUAGAACUACCCUAGAUUUGGAUGAGAUUUAUUAUAUUCUAUUGUUUAACCAAAUAAAUUCUUCACCAUCAACUUCUCCUUAAAAACCUUCUUUUACUCAGUAAUUUAUGCAAACUCAGUAAGGAAGUAACAGUAAAUUAAAAAAACCAGAAGAUUAAUCAUUUAACCAGUCAACUCCAUCAUCUUAGAAUCAAAAUUAACAAAGAAACUUUAACCAGGGUGUAGAAAUAGAUGAAAAAACAAAAAAUAAAAUAGAAUAACUAAACAACAAACGUAAAAGAGAUUUAGACAAAGUUUAUCAAAUAAUGGAAGAUUUCAUAUCAAUGAUUUCUAAUAUUUAAUAAUGA